ACGUACGGAUUUUAGAUGUCUCCUAGCAACAAAGACAAGAAGACAAAACCAUUUUUGUGAGCUAACUUUCACUUACAUAAGUGUUGGUAGCUUCUGACUGGGCUGCUGCUGCUACUGAGCUGCCUAGGAUACACAGCUCUCAGCCGGGGGAAUUAUGCCCUGCCCAGCAGCGGCUGCUUUGCCUAUUUGAAGAGCCAAACCUAUGCAUACCAAGUAGUUAUAAGUCCGGGGCUAUCCCCGUGAUUAUUGGUUAUUAUGAGCAUGGAAGAUUAUGACUACCUGUUCAAAAUAGUUCUCAUAGGAAAUGCUGGAGUUGGAAAGACAUGUCUCGUCCGGCGCUUUACUCAGGGGCUUUUCCCACCUGGACAAGGGGCUACUAUUGGAGUGGAUUUCAUGAUUAAAACUGUGGAAAUCAAUGGGGAGAAGGUCAAGUUGCAGAUAUGGGACACAGCUGGACAGGAGAGAUUUCGCUCCAUUACUCAGAGUUACUACCGUAGUGCCAACGCCCUUAUUCUCACAUAUGACAUUACCUGUGAGGACUCCUUUCGGUGCCUUCCAGAGUGGCUGAAGGAGAUUGAGCAGUAUGCCAACAACCAAGUGGUGACUAUAUUAGUCGGUAAUAAAAUAGAUCUGGCAGACAAGAGAGAGGUUCUCAGGCUGAGGGCCGAAGACUUCGCUCAGGCUCAAAGCAUGCUCUAUCUGGAGACGUCGGCCAAAGAGUCCGACAACGUUGAGAAACUCUUCCUUGACCUGGCGUGCGAACUCAUUCGAGAAGCCAAGCAGAACAAGCUCGACAACAAUGACACUGCCCCAAUGCCCGGUGAGGGUAAAACCAUCAGUUAUUUGAACUGCUGCAGCCUCAAUUAAAGGGAGCUCAGCUGCCCGGCUGCGGUAACUCGGUGGCCAUUGACUGUAGAGCGUAGAUGGCUGAGCCCCAAUGCCUCCGUCCUGCUAAGAUGGCAUAAAGCCAACGCUUAGUUUGGUCAUGUUUUCCCAUGCCUUUUAUACGCAGUACAAAGGAGCUAGUUGAUUUUAGUUUUUGAAAGUGCUACUAUCAUUAAAGUAUAGUUAAAGCGACUAUCCUCACUGGAUCAGGAUGAACAGGUGCACAUCAAUCGAUUAAAAUAUCAUCAAAAUGUUCAUUUAAAUCACUGAUUCAAUUUAAAAAGUGAAAUUUACACAUUAUGUAGAUUCAUUAUGAACAGAGUGAUAUAUUUCGGUUGCAAUUAUUUACUUCUGGAGUUUUUCAUCUUUCUCUUUCUUGACAGUACUCAGACAGUACUAAAUGAGGUUUUUCACUGGCCUGUUUGUUUUUUAAUUCAGUACAUUGAUACCACGAUCAUUAAUGCAGAGAUUGGACCUUUUGGCAGUGUGGGCAGGUGUCAAGAUCUGCUGGAAAAGAAAGUCAACAUUGUCAGCAGAAGGAAGAGUGAAGUGCUCUUCCAUGGUGGGUGACUGUGGACUUCAGAAAACACAGUGCUCCAACACCAACAGAUGAUUCAAUUGCCCAAAGAUUUUCUAAGUAUAAAAACUUCACACCAGACCUUAAGCAACUUGGAUUUUGUGCUUCUUCACUCUUCCUGCAUCCAAAUUAAAUACAAAUUUUACUUUCAUCUGAAAAGACGACGGUGCUGACGUUUUUUCUCCUUAGGUAAGGCACCUCUGACAUCAUCUGAUAUCAUCUCUGGUUCAGGAGUGGCUUACACAAGAAAUGCCACUGUUGUCCUACAUUUUCAGGAUACGUCUAUGUGUGGGAGUGUCAGCCCACAAUAUCUGAAACUAUACCAAACUCUUGAGUGACCUUUGCUUCACAAUCCUCUAAAGGCUGCAAUUAUCUGUGUUGCUUGUGCAACUUUUUCCUUCCAUCAAACUUUCCAGUAAUAUGCUCUGAAUCAGCAAUCUGUGAACAGCCAGCUUCUUUAGUAAUGCCUUUUGGUAUCUUACCCUCCUUUUGGAAGGUAACUGCGACUCUGCAUUAUACCUGACACAUUAGUUGUAUUUCCAUUGAAAAACUUGGAGUUGCCAUAACAUUUCUAUAUCCAAAAUCCCUUUUAGAAAUAUAUUGCUCUGUGUGUAAUGAAUUUAUAACAUUUUAUAAAUUGUUUUUUUUUAAAUCAUAUCCCAAUUUAUUCAGAUGCACUUAUGUUUGACUGAUGAUGUUGGAAAUCUGGGUAGGGCUUAGAAUUGGCAGAACUUUCCAGUUUGGCCUUUGGGAUUCAUUUCUCAUCCGACAUCAGUAUUCACCAGCAGUAUUAUGAGAGCAAAAAGUUUUGCCAGGUAUAUUGUUACAAAUCGGAUGACAAUUUUAGUGAACAUUGGGGUUUAUUAGUUAUCAGUAACAUGUUUACAAGCACUACAUUUUGGCGAUUACUAAGGUUGAACAAGCUGAAAAUGUAACAUAAAAUCUGGUGGAUGUUUAUUUUCCCUCUGCUCUGAGAAUCACAUCACAUGACAGCUUUGUCAUUUUUAAAUCUACUUUUUGCACCUGUCAUUGCAUACUGUGAAGCAUUUUUUUUCCCCCAAAUUUGACUUUUUACUUGCUGCUAGAACAUGUUUUUAUGUCAUAAAAACUGAACCACAUAUAAAACCUACAGUAUUGUGCAUCGCUGUUAAUAUUUUCUUUAGUAUAUUGGCAGUUUUAGUGAUUGCUGAUUUAGUUUGAAACAGUUGGAAACCGUUCUAUCAGUAUAAUUUUUAAGUAGAUUUUAUGAUUGUCAGCUGUUUUCUUUAACAUAUACGUGAAUAUUCCUGCAUUUGUCAGUGCUGGUCAUGAAAUAGUUUCAAGGGAGUGUGUCCAUGUAAGUUUAUAUAACUUAUUGUAUUUCAUACUAUGCUUUCUGUGAAUUUAUUUUGUUGUCAGCGUGGUAGUGUCUAAAAUUAUCUUUUCUUCAUUUGCCAUAACUACAGGCUGCUGUAUUGCACAAUGCCAUAUACUGCACACUUAGUUUUUAUUUUUUAACUGUAACACUUAGUGUUUUCUUGUACAGAUUUAUUACUGUACAUCUUGGCACUUUUAUUGUAUGAUUUUGUACCUUCAGUUUUUUUUCUCAUUUGCUAGAAGUGCCAGAGUUAUGUUAUUCCUUGUGCUUUAGGUUUAAGAGGAGAUAAUUGUGCUUGAUUCUUUACAUCUUCCUGUCAACUUCAAUGGGAUUUACAUCUGAAAGGCUGUUUGAAUUGUUGUUGUUUUUUUCCUUUUGUGUACAAAAAUAAUCCCUAAAUUACUGUGUUUAUCAUUAAACAACUACACUAAUUAUUGA